AUGUCAAAUCUUUCUAAGAGUCCUGCGGUACUCGUUAGAGGCUCCGUCUCAUCCAAUCUCAACGUCACUGCCAACACUACCCAUACCGAGCCCACCUAUCUCCCCGCAAGCCGCGUUAGCUCCUACCUCACAGACCUCGAUUAUCCUGUUCCUCAUGCAACGAUCAGUCAACAUCCCAAAACUGAGGCCAAGACUGUCGCCAUUUCUGUGCCGAGAAUGAAGAACAAGUUGCACGACUUCGAUGCGACCUUUCACCACAACAAUGAUAAUGGAAGUAGUAGCUAG